GCAGAGAGUCUGUGCUACCCAUUGUGAGGAGCAGUGCUGAUCGAGCCCAACAAGUGGAGCAACAGGGAGGAAGGAGCCAACGAGUGGAUGGAUGCCUUUUGCAGACUCAGUGGCCUGGACCCUCUGUGGGACUGGAACCGUACAUGGUACACAGCCAACCCAGACCUAACCCAGUGUUUCCAGAACACAGUGCUGGUGUGGGUCCCCUGUAUCUAUCUGUGGUUGCUGGCCCCUUUCUACUGUCUUCAUCUCUACUGCCAUGACCGCGGACACAUUCAAAUGUCCUGUCUCUGCUCUGCCAAGAUGGUGUUGGGUUUCCUGCUGGCUUCAUUUGGCUUUGUGGAGUUCUUCUACAUCCUGUUGGAGAGGAGCCAGGAUAUCCAACACCACAUGGUCUUUCUGCUCAGCCCUAUUAUUCGCAGCAUGACUGUGAUCCUGGCCAUGUGCAUCAUCCAGUUGGAAAGAAUAAGAGGCUGUCGUUCCUCUAUAUUCCUCUUCCUGUUCUGGGUCUUGGCAGUUGUUUGUGCUCUGGUGCCUCUAAGAGCAAAGAUCCAGCUAGCCAUGGAUGAGGGCAUUGCUUCUGAUAUUGUACGAUACCUCGCCUUCUUCUCCUACUUCACAAUCCAGUUGGCCCAGCUAUUCCUGUGCUGUUUUGCUGACCAGCCUCCAGAGGGAAAAAUCAUCUCAGAAAAGAAUCCCUGUCCUGUGAAAGAUGCCUCUUUCCUGUCAAAGAUCCUCUUCUGGUGGUUCACUGGACUUGUCGUAAAAGGAUAUCGCAACCCACUGGAAGCAGGGGAUCUGUGGACGCUAAGGGAGGAAGACAGAUCACAAAAGAUCAUCUCAGAUCUGGAACAGGACUGGACAGCUGAAUGUGCCAAACUUCAAAAGCAGGAGAAAGCCUUAGCAUCAGGUGUGGCGCUGGGAAGCCGACUGCCAGAGCAGGCUCAGCUCCUCAGGAAGUUGCAAAAGGAGCAAAGCUCUGGCUUCUUCCUCCUCAGAACACUGGCACGCAAAUUCGGCCCGUACUUCCUGACUGGUACUCUGUGUAUCAUAUUCCAUGAUGCAUUCAUGUUCGCCAUCCCUCAGGUGCUAAGUCUUCUGCUGGAUUUCAUGAGAGAUGAAGAUGCACCACUGUGGAAGGGCUAUUUCUACGCCACGCUAAUGUUCCUCCUCUCUUGCCUUCAGUCCCUCUUCAACCAUCAGUACAUGUAUACUUGCUUCACAGUGGGAAUGAGGGUGAAGACAGCUGUCAUGGGCUUGGUUUACAGGAAGUCUUUGGUGAUAAACAGCUCUGCCAGAAGGACUUGCACUGUGGGCGAGAUUGUGAAUCUGGUUUCAGCAGACACUCAGAAGCUCAUGGACUUUGUGGUGUACUUUAAUGCUGUGUGGCUGGCUCCGAUUGAGAUUGCGCUUUGUCUCUUCUUCCUCUGGCAGCAACUUGGCCCGUCAGCUCUGGCAGGAAUUGCCACUGUCAUUCUCAUUUUUCCACUCAAUGGAUUCAUUGCAAAGAAAAGAAGCAAGCUGCAGGAGAUUCAAAUGAAGUUCAUGGAUGGCCGUAUCAGACUGAUGAAUGAGAUCUUGAAUGGGAUAAAAAUCUUGAAGUUUUAUGCCUGGGAGAAGGCCUUCCUGGAGCAGGUUUUGGGCUACAGAGAAAAGGAGCUCAAGGCUCUGAAGAAGUCUCAAAUUCUCUACUCCAUCUCCAUCGCAUCCUUUAACUCCUCUUCUUUCUUGAUUGCUUUCUCCAUGUUUGGAGUCUAUGUGAUGCUUGAUGACAAGAACGUCCUGGAUGCACAGAAGGUCUUUGUCUCCAUGGCGCUAAUCAAUAUCCUGAAGACUCCACUCAGUCAGCUUCCAUUUGCAAUAAGCACAACCCUGCAGGCUGUAGUCUCACUGAAACGUCUGGGGAAGUACCUGUGCUCAGAAGAACUGAAAAUGGAGAAUGUCUCAAAGGCACCACUGAGCUCUGACGGAGAAGAUGUGGUCAUAGAAAACGGCACUUUCAGUUGGUCUGCAGAGGGUCCUCCAUGUCUUAAACGGAUCAGUGUCAGUGUACCUCGAGGAUCCCUUGUUGCUGUGGUAGGACAUGUAGGCAGUGGAAAGUCCUCGUUGUUGUCCGCUAUGCUUGGGGAAACGGAGAAAAGAAGUGGCCAAGUUACUGUCAAGGUACUAAGCUCGCGUUCCAUAACAAGGUCUAUUCAUAGUUUGUGGGCAACUUGUAAUAAAUAUUGAUAUUCUCGCUUGACUGUCUCUUCACAGGGUUCUGUGGCGUAUGUUCCCCAGCAAGCCUGGAUUCAGAAUGCCACAGUCCAAGACAACAUCAUAUUUGGCCGGGAAAAGCUGAAAACAUGGUACCACCGUGUGCUCGAGGCCUGUGCCCUGCUCCCUGACCUGGACAUCCUACCUGCUGGAGAUGCUACAGAGAUUGGAGAGAAGGGACUUAACCUCUCAGGCGGGCAGAAGCAGAGGGUCAGUUUGGCCAGAGCUGUCUACAGAAAGGCUGAUGUAUACUUGCUGGACGAUCCGCUGUCUGCCGUUGAUGCACAUGUGGGUCAACACAUCUUCGACAAAGUCAUUGGACCAAAAGGAGUCCUUAGAGACAAGACCCGCAUCCUGGUGACCCAUGGGAUGAGCUUCCUGCCGCAGGCCGACCUCAUCCUCGUCCUCGUAGAUGGAGAAAUCACAGAGAGCGGCUCUUACCAGGAGCUCCUCAGCCACCACGGCGCAUUUGCAGACUUCAUCCACACCUUUGCAAGCACAGAGAGAAAAGAGAGUGCCAUGCAACGAGCCGGUUCCAGGAGGUCUAAUGCUCGCCUCAGUAUGGUCGACUUCAUGCCAUUCUCCAGAGAUCUCUCACAGGAGCAGCUCAUUGGGGGUGACACCACUAAUACUAACCUGCAGAAUAUGGAGCCUGUUUCUGAAACAGACCAGGAACAAGUACCAGAGGACUUGGGAAAGCUCACUGAAGUUGACAAGGCACGCACUGGAAGAGUGAGGUUGGAUAUGUACAAGAAGUACUUCAAGACAAUCGGUUUGGCCAUCAUCAUUCCCAUCGUCUUCCUGUACGCCUUCCAGCAGGGCGCUUCGUUGGCUUACAACUACUGGCUCAGCAAGUGGGCUGAUGAUCCUGUUGUUAACGGCACCCAAAUUGAUACAGACCUGAAACUGACUGUCUUUGGUGCCCUUGGGUUUGUGCAGGGUGUUGCUAUCUUUGGUACGACUGUUGCCAUCUCUAUCUGCGGGAUCAUCGCCUCUCGCCACUUGCACAUGGACCUCCUGAACAACGUGCUGCACUCUCCGAUGUCUUUUUUUGAGUCCACGCCAAGUGGCAACCUCCUGAACCGCUUUGCUAAGGAGAUUGACGCUAUUGACUGUAUGGUCCCUGAGGGCUUGAAGAUGAUGCUAAGCUACGUCUUCAAGCUCAUGGAGGUCUGCAUCAUCGUGUUGAUGGCGACACCCUUUGCAGCCGUGAUCAUCCUGCCUCUGUCUUUCCUCUAUGCCUUUGUCCAGAGCUUCUACGUUGCCACAUCCUGUCAGCUGCGCAGGCUGGAAGCCGUGAGCCGCUCGCCCAUCUAUACCCAUUUCAAUGAGACGGUGCAAGGCGCCAGCGUCAUCCGAGCCUUCGGAGAGCAGUCCAGGUUCAUUCUGCAGGCUAAUGAGAGGGUUGACUUCAAUCAGACCUCCUACUUCCCUCGAUUUGUGGCCACCCGGUGGCUGGCGGUCAAUCUGGAGUUUGUUGGUAAUGGUGUGGUCUUAGCUGCUGCCAUUCUGUCUGUGAUGGGGAAAAGCACCUUGAGCCCAGGCAUUGUUGGUCUGGCUGUGUCACAUUCCCUCCAGGUGACUGGAAUCCUAAGCUGGAUUGUGCGAUCUUGGACUGAUGUGGAAAACAACAUUGUUUCCGUUGAGAGAGUGAACGAGUACGCUGACACUCCUAAAGAGGCCAGUUGGAGUAUAGAGAGCAGCUCACUACCCCAGGCCUGGCCCCAGAACGGUACUAUAGAGUUCCAGGACUACGGACUGCAGUACCGUAAAGGCCUUGAGUUGGCUCUGAAAGGAAUUACUUUGCAUAUUCAUGAGCGAGAGAAGGUCGGAAUUGUGGGUAGAACUGGAGCAGGAAAAUCCUCACUUGCCCUGGGAAUCUUUAGGAUCUUAGAGGCAGCAAAGGGAAAGAUCUUUAUCGAUGGAGUCGACAUUGCUGACAUUGGACUCCAUGACCUCAGAUCGCGCAUUACUAUCAUUCCUCAGGAUCCUGUGCUGUUCUCAGGCUCCCUCCGGAUGAACCUUGACCCUUUUGAUACCUACACAGACGAGGAGGUGUGGAGUUCACUGGAACUUGCUCACCUCAAAAACUUUAUAUCUAAUCUGCCUGACAAACUUAACCAUGAAUGCACAGAGGGAGGAGAAAACCUCAGUCUGGGUCAGCGUCAGCUCGUAUGCUUAGCCAGAGCCUUGUUGCGGAAAACCAAAAUCCUGGUUUUGGAUGAGGCAACAGCUGCUGUGGAUCUGGAGACCGACACACUCAUCCAGUCAACAAUCCGCACACAGUUUGAGGACUGCACUGUGCUGACCAUUGCUCACCGCCUUAACACAAUCAUGGACUACACCAGAGUUAUCGUCAUGGACAGAGGCCACAUUUCUGAGAUGGACUCUCCAGCCAACCUCAUCUCACAGAGGGGGCAGUUCUAUCGAAUGUGUCGGGAAGCCGGACUGGUCUAGGUCUCCGUUGGGCUUUGGCCAUAGAACUGAUGACCUGGUGUACAGAUGUGGCACCUUAUGCUUAUGGCUCUCCAACACACAUUAAUCUGGGCCAUUCCAAGCUUUGUGGCAGCUCCAAAGACCUCUCCGUGAGGGCAUUGUCGAUGAAUCUCAAAAGCAUUUGUUGGUUUUUAACAGACAGACACACUGUCCCAAGUCAGGAAAAGACAUUGUUAACCUCAGAGGAUGAAAACUAUACAGGAAUGCUAUACUGGAUAUUUGAGUCUCGCUACAAAUGUUGUAUUUCGAUUAAUGGAGUCAGUUUAUUCCAUAAAAAGGAUUAAGCCAAAGGCUGGAAUGAAAGGGUAACACAAAUCUUAAGGAUUUUCAUUCUCUUUAAGAAUGGAAGCUAUAUUAUUUUUGUAGUUUUAUAAGUGUGUUUUUUUUUAUGUUUUCUCAGGCUUAAAUAUGGAUGUUUACUCACUCUUUUUUUUAGCCUUGUAUAGAAAGAAGAGGCAAUUUUAUAAUUUUAAAAUGAUAGAAGUCUUAUUUUGUCUUCUUGUCUCAGAAAGUGGGUCAGGAAAUUCUCUGACACACUAACCUUCAAAAGGUUCAAAUGAGGAGGGCAAAUGAGGUUUGUACUGCAUUCAAAAUCUGAGCUUGGGGCAGCCAAUUUGGAGUUUUUAUAUGUAA